ACUUCUCGUCGACCAUGUCGUUCCUUCGGUACCCGCGGCAGUCGAUCAAGGUGAACAAGAAGAAGGAUGGGGCGACACCGUUCAAGUUUGCCACGCUCGUCUCGUCGCGCCUCAACGUGGACCUGCUGGUGGAGCUGCCCGAGGGCGAGGACCUCAACGAGUGGCUGGCCAUCAACACGUACGACUUUUUCACGCAUGUCAAGGUGCUGUACGGGACGCUCUCGCACUCAUGCACAGACGUGACGUGUCCGGUCAUGUCGGCGGCCAACUGGGACUACCUCUGGGCCGACGGGGUCAAGAUCAAGAAGCCGAUCAAGGUCACCGCGCCGCAGUACUGCACGUACCUCUUUGAGUGGAUCCAGGGCAUGAUCGAGAGCGAAAGCAAGUUCCCGACCCGCGACGACGCCGAGUUCUCGUCGUCGUUCCGCAAGAAGGUUGUGCUCCCGUCGUUCAAGCGCCUCUCGCGGGUCUACGCACACAUGUACUACUCGCACAAGGACCGCAUGCGUGAGCUCGGCCUCAUCGAGUGCCUUGACACCUCGUUUGCCCACUUUAUGGCCUUUGUCAACCGCUACGAGCUCAUCACCGCCAAGAAGGAUCUGGCGCCGCUCACGCCGCUCCUCGAGGCCUCCGAGUCGUAGAUGGCCGAGCCUCGCCUGGCAGUGGCUAGGCACACAUGAUUGAAGUACGAUACCCUACA